CAGAGAGGGGGGGUCAGGGAAGAGGGGGGAUGGCCGCGCCGACCCCCGCGGGGUCUCCCCGUCCCAGGAGGGGCCUCCCACCGGGGUGCCUGUAGGGGACUCUGUAGGGGACUCUGUGCCAACAUGAGCAGCGAGCGGAGGCCGCGGCUGAUGCUGCUGCUGCUGCUGCUCUUCACUGGGGUGGCAACCGACCACCACCACCAGCAGCAGCAGCACCAUCAUCGUCAUCAGCACCAUCAGCAUCAGCAGCAGCACCAUCAGCACCAUCAUCAGCACCACCAUCAGCAUGAGGGCGGCGAGCUGGCUGCCCGCAUGCGCGCCCUCUACGAGCGGUGCCGCCGCGAGGGAGGAGCGCGAAUCCGCGGCAACAGCGUGCGGAGCAUCGCGGCACUGAGCCCAGGAGACUCGCCGCCAGGACCCCACUUCUCCUUCAACCUCUCCCUCAUCCCCGCGUCCGAGUCUCUCAUCGCCGCGUCUCUCCACUUCCCCCCGGGCGCGCCGAGUCGUCAGGGACGUGGGCCCCAGCGCGUCUCCGUGUCCCUGUGGGGAUCGGCGCACCCCCGCGGCGACCCCGGCGCGGGCUCCCCUCGCCGUGCGUCAUUCUCGUUCAUCCCCUCGAGCUACGCGCACUGGCACGCGCGCGACGUCACGGCGCCGCUGGGCGAGGCGCGCUCCCGAGGGAUGCCCUGGCUCCACGCGGACAUCCGCACGGGUCCCAGGCGUGCCGACGAGGUCCCUUACCUCCUCGUCUUCGCGUUCGACUCGGCCCUGGCAGGGGACGGCGGCGUCGCGAGCGUCCUGCAGCUGCGGGCUCUGCACCAGGCGCGCGGGGGGUCUGCCGGGUCGCGGGGACCGGACCCCCUCGCCGAUGGGGACGAUGAGCAGGGCGGGUCGGACAGGGGAGCCGGGGUCGAGGUUGAGUCCGAGGGGGACGUUGGAGGAGCGGUGCGGCAGAGGCGCGACGCGUCGCUGCGGACAAAUGAACUGCCCGGGUCGCGUCUCCUGGCUCCCCCCCCUUCCUUCGAGGACGGUGAUGAUGGUCAUGGUGAUGAUGAGGACGAUGGCAGUGAUGGUGAUGACGAUGAAGAGAUGGCACAGGAAAGAAGAUCAUCAUCAGCAUCAGCAUCAUCAUCAUCAGCAUCAUAUUCACCAUCUUCAUCAGCAGCAGCAUCAUCGUCAUCCCAGCGCAGAUCUCGACCCAGAGACGCGCAGAGGCAGAGGGAUCACGGAGGAGCCAACAGCAGCAGUCGAAGUAACAGCAGCAGCCACAGCGGCGGCGGCGGCGGCGGCCGGGGUCGUGGGAAGACCGAGGCGGAACGGAGGCGCAGAGCGGACAAGCGGCGUCCCCGGGCGGGGUGGAUCAUCUCCCCCAAGGCGUACCUCGCGCACUACUGCGCCGGCACCUGCGACUUCCCCAUGUCCAAGGGCGUGCGUCCCACGAACCACGCGACCAUCCAGAGCGUGAUGCGUGCAGUGGGACUCGUGCCUGGGCUGCCGGGGCCGUGCUGCGUGCCGGACAAGAUGACGCCGCUCAGCAUCCUCUACGUGGACCAGGCGGACAGCGUGGUCCUCAAACUCUACCCCAACAUGUCCGUCGAGUCGUGCGCCUGCAGAUAG